UUGCCCGUCAGUUGGCGCGGGCGCGCGGCGGUUGCUGCCGGACAAAAUAAUUCACUAGAAUGAAUGAGAACAGACACUUCAAUGUUCAAAGUCCACCCUGUGUUCUCUGUGGACGGACAGAUGACUGCCCUGAAAAAUAUGGAGAAAAAAGUACCUAUGUGGAAUACAAUCUCACUGUUCAUUAUUACUGCCUGUUGAUGUCAAGUGGCAUUUGGCAACGAGGACAAGAAGAUGAAGGUAUAUAUGGCUUUUUAAUCACAGAUAUAAGAAAAGAAGUAAAUAGAGCUGCGAAACUGAAAUGCAAUAUCUGUAAGAAAAAGGGUGCUUCCAUUGGAUGUGUAGCUCCCAAAUGCAAGCGAAGUUACCAUUUUCCCUGUGGGGUCCAAAAGGAAUGCAUUUUCCAGUUCAUGGAAGACUUUAGGUCCUACUGUUGGGAACAUAAACCAGUCCAGAAGUUUUCAGUUAAGGGAUCUAGAGAAUCUUCACAAUGUAUAAUAUGCCUGGAAUUGGUUGAACAGCUUCCACUCUACAGUGUACUGAAAAGUCCUUGCUGUAAAAAUGCUUGGUUUCAUCGAGAAUGCUUGCAGUAUCAUGCGUUGAGUGCUGGAGUGUUUUUCUUUAGGUGUUCAGUAUGUAAUAACAAGGAUAAAUUUCAGAAGGAAAUGUUGAGAAUGGGCAUACACAUUCCAGAAAAGGAUGCAUCGUGGGAACUUGAAGAGAAUGCAUAUCAAGAACUACUGCAGUGUUAUCAGCACUGUGACAUUAGAAGAUGUCUCUGCAAAAAAGGAAGAGACUAUAAUGAACCUGACAGUAAAUGGGAAAUAAAGCGUUGUCAGUGUUGCGGGUCCCGUGGAACUCACCUGGCCUGCUCAUCCAUGAAGUCAUGGGAGCAAAACUGGGAGUGUGUGGAGUGCAGAAGCAUCUUUGCAAAAUCAGGGAACUAUAGCAAACAGCAAAAGCGUUCUUUGGCUGCCUCUGAGAAGACUGGUGGGACAACCUGUUUGUUGGAAGAGCCUUCUCCAAAGUGCCCUCGGCCGUCAUCUGGAUCUCAACACAGCUUUCUUCUCCAAUCACCAAAGAUAAUGUGCCAGAGCAAUGUGACUCCCUGCUCACGCCUAGAGUUUCCAGCAUCCAACCGAAUGACAAUGUCCUCGUCUCCACUGAUGGCAAACAGGAGCUUGUCAAUGCGGAAAAAGCAUCUAAACCAGCAAAAGAGGGAAGUGUCUAAUAUACUGAAGGAAUUAAAGCUGCAAGUUAAUACAAAAACUACAAGACUUAACAUCAAUACAAAAAAUAUCUGGAAAAGUGCUUUAAAAGGAUUUAGACAGCGCAACUUCAGUCCUACAAAUGCCAUUGAAAUAAAGUUCACAGGCUGCAGAAACAGGCUGGCGACAGAUACUUCUGAAGGAUCAAAACACCGUUUCUUCAAAUUAUUAAUGCUUAAUCUUCAGAACUCAUCACUGUUUGAGGGCUCAUCUCUAAAGAAUCUGACCCUUGAUUCUCAAGCUCUAAAAGAAAAUUUGUAUUUUGAAGCUGGCAGAAUGAUUGCAGUCUCCCUGGUUCAUGGUGGUCCAUCUCUUGGUUUCUUUUCUAAGACUYUGUUUGAUUGCCUUGUCUAUGGUCCAGAGAAUGUGAAACCAGCUUUGGAAGAUGUUGCUGAUGUUGGUGUGGCACAAACAAUAAAAAUGAUAAAAUAUGCAAGUAGUCUGUCCAGCCUACAGUCAAUUGUACACGACUGCUAUGAAUUUCUUGCUGCUGCUGGAUGUUUAAGACCUGUAACAACUUUGUGUGAUAAGAAUAUGCUGGCGAAUGACAUACUCACCUUUCAUGUAAUCAGGAGAAUUAUUUCACCACUGGAAAGUUUUAGGCAAGGUUUGAAAACUCUUGGUGUACUAGAGAAAAUGCAAAUGCAUCCAGAUGCAUUCUCCAGCAUAUUUUGUCAUGAACCUGAAACACUUUCAGCAGAAACUCUUUGUGAUCUCUUCACAAUCCAUUGCUCAUCAGAUGUUAAUAAAGUUGAAGGUGCUGAUUUUUGGAUGGGUUAUUUGCAGGAUGUAGAAAGUGGCGAAUCUGUAGUGACACUGGAGGACAUUCUGCUCUUCGCUACAGGCUGUUCUUUUCUACCACCCAUUGGUUUUGAUCCUGAACCCACUGUUAAAUUUUUGCGUAUAAGGUAUCCUGUUGGAAACAGACUCCAUAAUUGCCUAGAGCUCCCACUAACCAAGACCUAUGAGCAGUUUAAAAACAAAAUGGAGUUCACCAUCAGAAACACACUAAAAGUAGAAAGAGAAUAAAUGUUUUUGUUACUAAACUGGAUGCUGAAAGUUUUCAGUUUCUCUGUGGGAAUGGCUGCUUGCAAGUUGCGGUUGCAUUCUCAGGCAGCGUGCUCUCUGCCUCUUUCCAGUUUUCCCCUGAAGACAUGCUAAAAGAGGUAACUGUUCAAGAUGGAAAACAAUUUGCAAAAGGAAAUUUGAUGUUUUCUGUUGAAUCAUCGUCCUGUUUGAAAUUGGCUUCAAGAGGCAGCAUUCUCAUGCAGCACAGUCCUUAAAAACUGAUACUCUUGCUGUGACAGAUGUGAAAUGUUACACAUCUCUGUAGCAUUUUGGUUAUUUCCAACACCUAAAUAUGUAURUGUAUUACAUACUUCAGUGACUUAUUUAUCAAAGUCAAAUCGGGUGCAUUUUUAGAUAACUGCUGUGGAGCUUUGUCUCAAGUAAAACUGUAUGCAGUUUUUUUAGUUCCGUAUAUGUUUCCAGUAAUUUUUCUUAUUGGUGAUUCUUUUGCAUUUUGAAGAUUCCUUUCCUGGCAAAAACCUAGACAAAAUGAUCAUGUGCAAAAACAAAAUCUAGUUUUAACUUGUUUUUGCUGUUAAAUAAAAUCUUUGGCAUUUGCACACGUUUCUGCAUUCUACUAUUUUAAGUGUUAACUUUAUAGCCAGAACAAUAAAAGCUAAGGUAAAUCCUUAAUAUGCAAAAGUAAGUUUGUUUGUUUGUUUAAAAAAAGAAAAAAAAUCAUUUAGAUGAUAGUUACUCAUAAGGUGUUGAUCACAGCAUGGUGCUGCUUCUUGCAAGGAAGUUAAUGUUUUUGUAAUAUGUACUAAAACUUUGAUUUGUUGAAGUACAGUGUGUCAGCCAUCACAUUUUUGUGGGCGCUUGACACUUUUCUAGCUUUUACUCUAAACUGCUUUUCACCUUUUCAUUACGAGCAAUUUCAACUGCAUAAAACACAGAGCAAUUCUACAGUAUUAGUGUAAAUAACAUUAAGAUAUGAAAAACUAGUAUGUCUGCAGGUGUCUGGAUCAACAAAUAUGUGGCCUUAAUGGAUAUUCAGUGUUUAUCAGUAGUAAAAUCCUAUAUGGCAGCACCUUAAUACUACUAAUACUCAAACUGUAAAAGUGAAAGGAUAUUUAAGUGCACUUUUUUCUUCCUAGUAAUGCAAGAUUUAUACAAUUACUUUUUUCCUAUAUUACUUUGAUCAUCUGUCCUAUGUCCCAAACAAAAAUCCGUGUAUAUAUAAAAUCUAAUCAUGUUCCUCAAAAUACUGAGAAGGUAAUCAUCCACUUCUAUUAAUAAAUCUAGUAUUUAAUUGAAAAUACAAGGAGGAUUAUUUUCAUUUUGAAUAUCUUGGCAGGAAAKCACAUCCAUAUUAAAUUAUAAAGUGGAGAGAGGCAUUAAAAGAAACCAAACUAUUCCAGUAUCAGAUUCAGGUUUAUUAUUAGGAGCUAUCUGCACUGUUGUUUUUCUUCUCGUUUAAAAGAAGUUGUAUUAUUAAGUAGUAAUUUAGGGGCAACAGAAGAAUUUUGGGAAGCAGCAGACAUGACUUUCCUCAUUUGAUUCCAUGCUAUGAAAAAGAAGAAAAUGGCUGAUGUAUAUUUAACUUGUACAGUUCACUUAAUUUAUGUAGGUAUUUUGCAACCUUUCUUAAGCAGUUACAGCUUCUUAAUUCUUUCUUAAUUUGGGGGUGCUAUUUUUUUCCAGACCUAUUUCUACAAGAGUGUAGCAAAAGUGUGCAUAAUAUUUGCUUUUGAAUUUCAAAAMUUUUUUCAAAAUUUUUUCCAAAGUUUAGGUUGGAUUCUUCUUACAUUUCUCAGGAGAUAAUGUUUAGAUACUUUGUAAAUAAGUGCUCUCCCACCCGUGUUUAGAUUAUUUUAAUGAAAGGCAAGUUUAGCGGUGUGUUUUCUGUUUCUGAGCUAAUUCCCUACUAGGCUCCCUUUAAAGUAAACUUCCAUCUGUAGAGACUUGCUAAUAGACUUGAAGAAAACGUAAUUUGGUUUGUUUAUAACCUUAGUAUUUUCCUUUUUCUUCUGUUCAUUUUUUCCUCCUGUAAAAUCCCAUACUUGCCUUUGAACGUCAUACUGCUGAUAACUUCUUUAUAUUUUUAUUUGCCUUUAGAGUAGUGUUGUUGUAAUGAAGGUAACCAGUUGCAAACCGAGGGCAUGGUAGGAUUUGCAUUGUACAGUCACAUAUUUUAGAUUCAGCACCGAGUCUCCUGCAGAAGUGCUCACCUUUAAAGUACAGUGUAUGAGUGCAGUAUUCUUUCCUCAUGCCUAGUUAGAGAUUAAUGCCUUCUGUGAUGUUAAGURCACAAUUUCUGCACUAACAGAAGUAGCAAGCAGUGUGGGAAGACUUUUCAAGAGAAGUUGUUGAAUUUUCUGGUACUUGGAAUUGCAAGGGGAAUGGUUUAGAACUUGGAGCUAAAUAAACUGCAUUUUAAGAUCUGCAGGGGAGAUGUUGGUCAUGCAUCUACUAGGCUUCAGAAAAAUCCUUAGAUAAAAAUAGGGUUCAUGCCUUUUACGUUAUAGCUUCUUGGUUUGACAUUGGGCCAUUAUGCAUUUAUACAAAGAUAGAGCUAGCUCACUUUUGUAACUGUAAAAAAAUCUUUACAGUGCUAUUGCAAGAAAAGUGGAGUAGAUAAAAUAGAACAGCCUUUAAUAUUGCCUGCAAAGAUUUUUCUGGAACAAAGCUCAUUCCCUUUUUAGUACUAAAAUACACAUCCCAGGCAAAAGUAUCUCCUCCUUUCUUUUAGAUCUUUGUUUAUCUCUAUCUAGAAAUUCUAAGUUAGACCUCAGUAUAUUCAAGUUGUGUUCCUAAAUGCUACCCUGGAAGAGAUUAACUUGCCUUUUCUGCUUAUUUUCAGCAUUUAUUUGUAGAUGCCAAUCCUAAUUUUGCUUAAAUUAUUACUUUGAAUAAGCUUCCAGUUUGUCAAAAUACAGAACAGUCAGGUUUUCAGUUGAUCCAGCAGGUCACCGAGGUGCAAUUCUCAGGUAAUUUCCUCAUUUUACAUAAUGCACAGUUGGAAAUUGGGGAAGGUGCUUAUUUUGAUAUCAGUAUUUCUAUAACACGGGAGUAGUAAUAGCAUAUGCAGUAGCUUUUGCAUAUUAAAUAUAUUUUUAUAGGAAGUAGAUUUUUAUAGUAAGGUUCAUCAUUAAGGCCACAAGAGACUGUUAUGAACCUUUUUUAUUAUUGACUGGCCAAAGAACUUCACCCACUAGUGUUUGCAUCGAAAUCUAAAAUUCCAUUUGGAAUUGGCGUCUGAUAAGCUAUUUUYUUUAUAGAGCCAUCGCUUCCUACUAAAUAAUACUAGACUAAUAUUAGUAUUUUGUUAGUAUGGUCUCUCAGAACAAAAAAUUUAAAACUAUGUUUAAAAAAAGGGGAUAAGAAUUUUCCGUGACCUACUCUCACCCAGGUGAAGUGUGCCUGCUAGCAGUUAAGUACAGUCACAAUGGGGAAAAAAGUGAUUUCAGUUUGUGCUUAAGCUCUAAAGUGUUGUGUUGCGUUUCUGAUUUCUUUGUCUUCAGUCUCAAAAACAGAAGAGUUAGGGAUUUUGAGGGAUGUAUUUAAAAUAUACAGCAGAGUAUAGAGGUAUCAAAUUCUCAACCCUCUUCUGCUUGUGUGUUUUGAAAAUAGUAUCAAAACAUAAACAUUUUACUUUUUCAGAUAGAGGGAGAUGCAGCUCUAAGUUACAAAAUGUUUUUGUAUAGUUUGUCUUGAUUCUGUACUUCGUGAUAGAGCAUUUUAAAGCAUAAUUUUUAUUGACUUUAAGUUAAGGGAACUGCCAGUGGGAUAAAAUGAAAAAAUAUUUCCGGAUGUGUCGAACAUCUCUACUGUAUACAGAAAAUGAAGCAUUGCCAGAACACUGCUUUGGUGUAAAAACAAUGC